UACUCGUACGUAACGCCCGCCGGAAUGUGUCUCCGGUUGCGCCAAAGUCUCGCCCAGUUUAGCGAUCUGUUCAGCGAGUUUAACAAAUACAUCGCCCCAGCGUACCACCACGACCGGUGCGAACGGUCCGUCCAUAUGCGGCUGUACUCGAUGAACAAGCGCGAAUUUGCCACCGUCUUUCUCGCGUUCUUUGCCUGCUUCGGGCUGGGCAUAUUUAUCGGGCUCGCCGGUCCACCAAUUACCGUGAUGAGCAAGGUGAGCGGCAGUUCGCUACAGCCCAACGUGACCACAGCACCGGACGCGCCGAGCAACUAUCUGGCGCGCGGACCGUUUGUGAUGCGUACGCCGCUCCUAACCACCUACUCCCAGCAGCUGUGGAUUAUCGCCAAACUGACGACGGACAACACCGACGACGAGAUGGUGGAUAAGAAGUUCCACAUCAGCGUACAGAUCGAAGGCCUCACGGCGGAACACAAACCGAUGCCGGUGUACGGCGGUACGCACAAUGGUGGGGCGGAUGUGAAAAAUCGCACCCGCCACCUGUCCUGCAGCUACGAGGAGUGUGACGAGUUUACCGUGCUGCAUAUCGGAUUUCUCGACUACGCGCACUACAUCGUGACGGUGCAUUUUUACGGGCUGGAAGCGUUUCACCAGCGGUACAACAUACGGACCGUACAGUUUUACUUCAAAUCGUACAAUCCUGCCUUCACGCAGAUCGAGAUCUGGUUCCGGUUCAUCUUCGUGCUGUUUACGUUUAUCAUCACGUGCUGGUUCGCACACACGCUGCGAAAAUAUCCCAUGAACGAUUGGUCGAUCGAGCAGAAAUGGCUCUCGAUACUGUUACCGUUGUUGCUGCUCUUUAACAAUCCCAUCUUUCCUCUCAUCUUUAUCGCCAACAAUUGGUUCCCGGGUAUAAUCGAUGCGCUUCUGCAGACAACAUUUCUCUGCGGCAUACUCAUGUUUUGGCUCUGCGUGUAUCAUGGAUUGCGGCAAAAUGAGCGCAAAUUUCUCACCUUCUAUUUGCCGAAGCUGAUCGUCGUGCUUCCCAUCUGGCUGUGUGCGGUCGUGUUGGGUAUUUGGGAGAAGUGCGAUGAGCUGAACGAUCCCACGUACAGUCACUUUGAAGAUUCCGAAAACUAUAACGGAUUGAAGGUGUUUGUUUCGAUUGCCGGUGCAAUGUACUUACUGUAUCUGGGGCUUUUGAUGCUGAAAGCAUACUCGGAGUUACGAUCGAUGCCAUACUUUGAUAUGAGGCUAAAGAUCCUAACGCUGCUGAUGUUGAUUGUGUUAUCGAUUUCUCUCAUCGUAACGAUGCAACACUUUGGCUUCGACACGCUAGAGGAUAACUUUAUCGCUCAGCUAUACACCAGCUACAAAAGCUCGGCACAAUUUAUGUGUUUCUAUGGAUUGUUAAACUUUUAUCUCUACGCAAUGGCCUACGUCUACUCGCCCAGCGGUCCCGCUGUACAUGCCUUUCUGCUUUCAGAACCGAUCAUUGCGAAGGAUAAUCCUACGUUUUCGAUGAUCAACGAUUCGGACGAAGAAGUGAUGUACGGUUCGGACGAGGAAAGUCGUAGACCGUUAAAUUCAGCCUGCCGGAAGGGAAACGAUUAUGAUAGUGAUUAAACCUGUACUAUAGUCCAAUUUCCUUCAGAAAUGAGCAUUCAAUUCUUACCCAAUUUUCAACAAUCAGCUACAGCAACCGCUAGGAGUCGAUUCGUUUGUGCUAUUGUCAACCUGGUUGAAACUUCCCCAGUACUGUAAAGCAAGUAGAGUUGCAAUAUCAUAAGUUUAGAGCAUUAAUAGCAAAAGCAGGGUACUUUAUUAGGGUGAAAAAACACUGGAAAUAUGUUGUGAAGAUGUCAAUUAAUUUCAAAAUACCUAUUUUUAUGUUUGAUUUCGUUUCACUGUUUCUGUUACCUUCAUCCUGCGCGCGCUUUGUUUACGUUUUGUGAUAGCACUCCGUUACACGUUUACAUCACUAGGUGCGGUUCUCCAGCGGCAUCGCUGUCGUCGUGUGCGAGAACUGCAGUUCCCGUUUGGCGGUUCAACAAACAAACUAGAACAAUUUAUUUAAUCUAUCCUAAAAAAGUAAGAACUAUUGCAAAUUAAUGUAAAAGUUUGGUGAUUGCCAAUCGUGGAGGUUUCCCAUUGCCCAGUGAACGUUGCACAUAGGAAUAACCGAAUGAAACUUAUUUCCCAUUCUGGGCACGGGCCACCACUACGGUUGCAAUCGGCUGAAGAGUAUAACUAGAAAUACGAUUACAAUAACGAGUUGACAAGAGAUAGGACAAAUUUCUUUGUUUGUGAAUAUUUGAGAUUCUUGAGGCAAGGAUAUUUCAUUUCAUCUCUAUUCACGGUU